AUGAGGAAUUGGAGAGCUGUCCACGGUCAGAGUGUUCCCCAAAAAACGGUGCGCAAUUUGACGACCAAAGACAACCCAAGAACUCUCCCGAUUAAUCUAUAUGCGGUGGGCCCACCAGAUGUCCAGCCACUUGAUUUAACCAAAUUAGGAGACCACCAUUCAGUGCAACAAAUGCCACAGAAAGAAGUGACAGAGUUUCUGUACACGUCUAAUCAGGUAGUCUGUGUUAAGCAUGACAAAGGGUGCCCUGAAAACACCUUGGUUCUCGCCUGCCUACAGGAGAAUGUUAAAGUUGGCAUAAAAAAAAGUGAUGGCCAAAAUUUUUGUUCAAGAUCCUUUUAA